AUGAAUCGUAAUUGGUUAACUACAAAAGUUUGGCUUGGUACGCCAGAUGUGAAUGUUUCCGAUCAAGAAACCCCAGACCAAUAUUCUACGUUUUUAGGUGAUUCUCCUGUAUUUUUGGAAAAUGUUUCCGUAAAUCCAGAUGAUAUUCGGUGCGGAAAUUGUAACUCUUACUGUCGGUUUUUGCUUCAGUGUUAUGCACCCAUAGAAGGUGAUGAAAGCAAAGAACGCGCGUUAUACAUUUGGGCUUGUCACGACCAGGCCUGUAGAAGAUCGUCCAAAUCGGUCAUUUGCCUUCGUGGUGUUCAAGUGGUCCAAUAUUCAAAACAGGAAACUGAACCACCUAAAAAGGCACCUGCCGAAGAAGUUUCAAAACCAACAAAAAUCAAUCCAUUUACCUCUUCCUCUAGUAGUACCACAAAGGCUUCUAAUCCCUUCUCUAGUUCUUUUUCUUCGCCAAAUCCUUUCGCCUUGUCUUCUCAGCCGUCGUCUCCUUGCCCUGAUCCGCCUAAGGAUGAAAAGCAUUUGAUUAAAACGCAGAAUUCGUUUGCUGCUAUGGCACUUACUGGUGCUAACAAGAAUCCAGAAACGAAAAACUCUUCUUCCGAUAAAGUAUAUGUUGACGCUCAGAAUAUGCCAAUUCAUCCUCAAGUCACUACUACAUAUGAUUAUCCUAUGAUUCCCAAAUUUCCAGGCAUGUUUUUGACUCUUGACUCAGAAUAUUUGCCGAAGUCAUUAAAGGCAAAAGAAAUGAAAAAAGGUUCAAGUUCUUUAAAGAUACAGGAAACUAUGGACUCGUAUGGAAAUUGGGAUAAUGAGUCUUAUGAGAAAUCACCUGCUGUCUAUGAAAAGGCUUUUCGGAAUUUUACUGAUCUUAUAUCACAUAACCCUACUCAGUGUGUGCGUUAUGAACGGGGAGGGAAGCCCCUCUUAUCUUCUAGUAGAGAUACCGUUGGAAAAAUGUUUAACAACGCUGAUCCUUACACUAAUACUUUACCAGUAUGUUCUCUUUGCAAGUCUCCGAGAAUCUUUGAAAUGCAGCUUAUGCCUUACUCCAUAUCUGUACUCGACGAUGAGGUGGCAGAAUGGUCUACAAUCUUGGUUGCUACUUGUUCUGUGGACUGCAGACCACCAUUAAAUAAGUAUCAAGUUGGCUAUGCAAAGGAAUGGGUUGGUAUCCAAUGGGAGUAA